AAAGUCUCGCCGUUUCUCACGAGACAUAUAAUGUAGGCGCUUGCUCCAAACCAACUAACCUACCGAGCAGUGUCUUAGGUAUGUAAGUAAAGCAGCUUUCUGCGGUCAGUAGUUUGUAAGUUAUACGAGCGACUGUGUUAACAUACGGUAAACUACUAAGCGAGUCUUCCAGUACAAAGUGAAUGCCGAUAAUCCCGCGUUGUUUUAGUGUGUGUUCAAGAUUCUUUACAGCCAAUCAAGUCGCCCUACAAGUGUUCUACUCUCGGUCGUCAAUGUCGUUUGAAGCUGAGACGUCGAGCAGCACCGACACAGUUAAGCCUGCAGAAGACAAGUGGAGGCUGAGUUAUGUCACCGGGAACCUGUUCUCGUGUCCUAAGGACGAGUCUCUGGCUCACUGCAUCAGUGAGGACUGCCGCAUGGGGGCAGGUAUAGCAGUGAGGUUCAAACAGGAGUUCCAAGGGGUGACGGAAUUAAAAGAGCAAAAAAAACUGACAGGACAGUGUGCCGUACUAAAAAGACGUGGACGUUUCGUCUAUUAUCUGAUCACAAAGAAAAAGGCAAGCCAGAAACCCACUUAUGACAGCCUGAGACAGAGCCUGGAGGACAUGAAGUCACACUGUCUAAAGAACCAAGUAACGAGAAUAUCGAUGCCUCGUAUUGGCUGUGGUCUGGAUCGACUCGAGUGGGCAAGAGUGUCGGAGAUACUGGAACAGGUCUUCGAUCACACAAACAUCUCCAUCACAGUCUAUAGCCUUCCUGAGAAAGCAGAGACCACAGUGAUGAAGGAAAACAGACGCACAUGAUUGAUGGAUAUGUUGAUUGUUGUUAUGUUGAUGCACUUUUGUAUAUUACUUUCACAGUAAGAAGCCAAGGUGAUUAUUAUUUUUUAAGUUGGAAAAAUGCUAUGUUCUGUUAAAUGGAAAUAAAGCUUCUUUUUUUUUGCAAAUCAGAA